AUGGCUUUGGGUUGCAUGUUAGCUCAGCUCGAUGAUUCAAGGAAGGAGCUUGUUCUGACUGGCUGGCUCAUGAGAUGGUUGGUGCUGCUUACAGAGUUUGAUAUUCGAUAUGUCACGCAGAAAUCAGUGAAAGGAAGUAUUGUUGCAGAUCAUUUGGCUUCUUUGUCGGUAUUCGAUGACAAACCAAUCGAGGACGAUUUCCUAGAUGAGCAGUUUGUUUCAAUGACUAGUAUUGUAGGAUGGCAGUUGUACUUUGAUGGUGUCGCCAAUCAGUCGAGGUUUGGCAUUGGUAUCCUAUUGAUAUCACCACAGGGCGAUCAUAUUCCCAGAUCAGUUCGGUUGACUUUUUCUGAUCAUCACCGGCUGAUGAAUAAUAUUGUUGAGUAUGAGGCAUGCAUUAUAGGUCUAGAGACUACACUAGAUCUUGGAGUUAGACAGUUGGAGAUCCAUGGGGAUUCCAACUUGGUUAUUCAGCAGAUUCAAGGUAUUUGGAGGACUCGAGAUGAGAAGCUGAAGCCUUAUCAUGCAUAUCUGGAUUUAUUGGUUGAUAGGUUUGAUGAGUUGAGAUAUAUACACCUACAUAGAGUAGAGAAUCAGUUUGCUGGCGCUUUAGCCACCUUGGCUUCUAUGAUUGAGAUCCCUACAGGUGUGACUGUGCUACCAUUGCUGAUUGAGACUAGGUCUGUACCAGCUUAUUGUUGUCUGAUUGGAGAUAUUGAGGAUCAGGAUGAGCUACCCUGGUAUCAUGACAUUUAUCAGUUUCUAGCAUGUGGCACACAUCUUGAGGCUUUUACAGCCAAGGAUAGGAGAACGUUGAGGCAGUUAGCCACCAGAUUUGUCAUUUGCGGGGAUGCACUUUAUAGGAGAUCGCCCAAUGGCCUAUUAUUAUUAUGUCUAGACCACGCCUCUGCAGAUAGAGUGAUGAGAGAGGUCCAUGCAGGAGUCUGUGGCCCACACAUGGGAGGACACAUGCUAGCCCGCAAGAUUAUGAGGACUAGCUACUAUUGA